AAUCAAGGCAGCGUCUGAGGCGUUUUAAGCCACUGGAGCUCAUCACUUUCAAACCCAAGCGAUGGCAGACACGGACGACCUGAUGCAGGAGCUGUGCGGUGUGAAGGUGUCUGACAUCGACAUCACGCAGGAUGACGCACAGAAACUGCUAGAGCAGCGAUUGGUCGCAAUCGAGCGCGCAGUGCUGGAGAGCGACACCAAGAGCGUGAUCGAGGCCCAACAGGCUCUUAAGGAUGACGACGAAGUGUCUCCGGUGUUGGCAAUGGCGAAACUCAUCUGUGAGGGUGAGUAUGCCGACGUGAUUCGCUUGCAACAGGCACAGAAGCUUCUGCAUGCCGUGGCCCAACUGCAGAGCGAAGAGCAGGACAACGAGGACGAGGACAGUCACAUUUGCAGUAGUAUCGCUUCAGAGCUCCAGAGCUACUUGCUGGACCAGUGUGACAGUGCGGAGAGUCGUCUCGUGACCGCAUAUGAGAUUCUAUUCGUCGGUGUUGCCUUCUUCGACAUGUACGUACAGGCGAACUACACGGGACCGGCUUUUGAAAAGGAGACACUGCGGGACGUGCUCGAUCUAGCCACGCGCCUCGUGUCUUCUUCAAGUGAAAGCAGCGAUAAGAAAUCACACAGCGACGCACUUGUGGCGCUGCAGGUGGACGGUGAGAGUCCGUUCUCCAUCUGUGAGUACCCGCAGUUCCUGCUCGUUGGCCGCUGCCUGCUGGACUUUGUGGGCAACCAUGCUUACAACGACUGGUCCGUGGCUGCCAACGAGGUUGUGAGCGGCCAGAACGACAACGAGGUGUCGGACGAUGUUGUGGAAGGACCUGCCAAGCGCCAAAUUACUGGCGGAGCCGCUAUCCGUGCGCUUGGCGAGAUGUUCGAGCAGAUUAAAUCAGCUGCGUGGUGGAACGCUCGUGCUGCUGUGGCGCACGAACGUCUGCUGCUUGCUAAGCAGCCGUCGAACACGCUGUGGUUUGAAGCUCGUCGUGGGUACAUCCAGACGCUAAAGACGACCGAUCUCUUCGCCUUUGAGAAGGACACUCAAUACUUACACGCUCGUGCGUACGUGGAGUGGGGCCUAGCUCAGCACUACUUCGACAAGAACAAGCAUGGUAAAGCCACAUUUGCCCGCGCAAAGGAGAUAUCUGGUGUGAGUGUGCAGCUCAGUGGUUCUAUGGGCAAACGAACCAAGUUCCAGCAGAAGAGUGUGGCUCAGAUGGUGUUGCUCGCAGCGUCGAAGAAAGAGCCUGUGACUGAGGACGAAGACUCCUCCGUCUACGCUACAGCUGUGGCUGAAUCGACUCACGUGGACUUUGGUGGCAAGCAAAUGACGGCUGAAGGAGACACUAGUGCUGCUCCACCUGCCGACGGACUUACAGCCGAGGAAGAGCACAUCCAGAAACUUGUACAGGAGGGUGAAGCUUCCUAUCGCAACGUAAAUUUGGACCAAGUGGACCAAGACAAUUAUCUUCUGGAAAGCAUUGCAUUUGAGGACCGUAAGCUCACACAGCAAGGAAAUUUGCAGAUCGUCGACCAGAUUGUGCUACUUGGACUGUGUCUGGACGUGAAGAACAGUAACGCCAACGAUGGCCUCACCCGCGAGGAGAUGAUGCCUUACGUCACACGUGUGCUUGAAAACCCCAACAACUGGAUGGUGUACUCCACAGCGCUACUAGAACGAGCGUGGCUCGAGUGCGAAAGCUCAAAGCGCCGUGAACGCGCUGUUCUGCAGAUGCAGGCCCUAGUAGACCAGCACACUACUCGACUCACGAUCACACAGAACACGCUUCAGUCUAUCGCUGACUCAGCACCAGCUCGUGAACGUAUGCAGUUUGUGUAUUCACUGGCCUUCCCUCCACGAUAUGCACUCAAGCGCGAUCUGGCCGAACGUUACUUCAAGCUUGGUGUUCUAGGAAGUGCUGUCGAAAUUUGCGAAGAGCUGGAGAUGUGGGAUGACGUCGUCAAGUGCUACCAGCUCCUGGACAAGCCAAUGCGUGCAGAGAAACUUGUGCGUGAGCGUCUGGAGAUUGCCCCCACGCCGUUCAUGUGGGUCACGCUGGGAGACCUCACCCAGGAGCCUUCACACUACGAGACGUCUUGGACGCUCUCCAAACAGCGCUUCGCUCGCGCCAAACGUUCACUCGGACGCUAUUACUUUGAGAAGGGAGACCAUGAAGCAGCUAUUCCUCAUUAUGAGGACGCUGUGCGUGUGGGUCCCAUGCACACAGGCGCUUGGUUCACUCUAGGUGCGAUCGCGAUGCGCGUACACCGCUGGGCUCUUGCUAUGCGUGCAUUCACACGCGUUGUGCAGCUAGAGCCGGACAAUGGUGAGGCAUGGGGUAACUUGGGCUCCAUCCAUCUACACAAUCAGCGCUAUGCAGAGGCUUUCGCAGUGCUGGAAGAGGCUCUUAAGCAGAAGCGUCACAUGUGGCAGAUGUGGGAGAACUACGCCCUGUGUGCUAUGGAGACCAAGCGCUACGGCGAAGCCAUGUAUGCUAUGCACCAGCUCCUGGACAUGCGUGCCAAACACAAGCGCCCUGUCGACAGUGAAAUGCUAGCGUGGCUCGUAGAAGCAAUCGUGUAUCCUGAGUCACUGAAGAAGAUGCAGCAGGAGGCUGAUGCUGAAGCUGGAGUCGUUCAAAAGGUUGUAUCGGACGACGAGGAGGAGGAUGUUGACCCACUUAGUGAAGAUGAAGACUUAGCGGAGCUCGAUGAGGCAGCGACAGCCACCGAUGCGACUCCUCCACGGUCUGACUCGCACUACAAAAGGCAACUUGCGAUGCUUUUCGGCCGUGUGACGUCCAUCGUGACGAAUGACGCUAAGAUUUGGCAAGUGUACGCGCACUUUAAUGACGGCGUGGAAGGUCGUGCCGAUAAGGCUCGUGACUGCCGACUGAAGCAGUGCCGUGCGCUGCAAGUUGCGGGCUGGGAGCGUGAACAGCAGAAGGUGGAGGAUCUGUGUGCGGCCGCCUCUCGACUUACAGAGGAUUACUUGGCUGAAGGCACUAAGAAGGCUCUAUACUCGUGCCGUCUGUACAUUCGCGGCGUGCUAAAGAAGGCGCAAGUGGAUUUUGCUGAGCUCGAAGCCGUGAAGACGCUCGCGGCCGCGCUGGACGAGGUCAAUGCUCGGGAAGCGCAGCUCUAGACAGAGGACGGGGUAGAUACUUAGAUGUCCACAAUAGGAUGACUAGCAUGUCGAUUUUACUGAUACUGGUAAGUCAUGACUUUUUCGUCCAAUGAUAGAUUUCAUUAUCAUCAUUUUCAUCCAAUC